UGGCCCUUUUCUGUCGUCCGCUCUUGCUGCCUAGCGUGCUUGUUCGCUCACUGCUUUCCUUCCCUACCUCCCUCCCGUUUUCCUUGGGACGCUACCUGGUGACUGUGGCUCCCGCGACCAGCAAGGAGGCGGUGGCGGAGGACACUGGUUAUGGCCGCCUCUAAGCCUGUGGAGGCGGCAAUGGUCUCGGCGGCUGGACCCGGUUCCGGGAGUGGGGUGGGCGGCGGCAGUGCGACUUCGGGCCCGGGCACCGGGAGCCUGCCGAGAUGGCAGCUGGCACUGGCGGUCGGGGCGCCCCUGCUGCUAGGAGCGGGUGCCCUGUACCUAUGGAGCCGGCAGCGGCGGCGCCGGGAGACCGGGGCCCGAGGCGACUCCGGCGGCCUGAAGCGCAACAGUGAACGGAAGACCCCGGAGGGUAGGGCCAGUCCGGCCCCGGGCAGCGGACACCCCGAUGGCCCCGGUACUCACCUGGAAAUGAACUCGCUUGAUAGAGCCCAAGCAGCCAAGAACAAAGGCAACAAAUAUUUUAAAGCAGGAAAAUAUGAACAAGCUAUUCAGUGCUAUACCGAGGCUAUCAGUUUGUGUCCUACAGAGAAGAAUGUUGACCUUUCCACAUUUUAUCAAAACAGAGCUGCUGCCUUUGAGCAAUUGCAAAAAUGGAAAGAGGUGGCACAAGAUUGUACAAAGGCUGUUGAACUUAAUCCCAAAUAUGUGAAAGCUCUCUUUAGACGUGCAAAAGCCCACGAGAAGCUAGACAAUAAGAAGGAAUGUUUAGAAGAUGUCACUGCUGUGUGUAUAUUAGAAGGAUUCCAAAAUCAACAAAGCAUGCUGUUAGCUGAUAAAGUUCUUAAACUUCUUGGAAAAGAGAAAGCCAAAGAAAAAUAUAAGAAUCGUGAACCUCUGAUGCCAUCUCCACAAUUUAUCAAAUCUUACUUCAGUUCUUUCACGGAUGAUAUAAUUUCUCAGCCAAUGCUUAAAGGAGAGAAGUCUGAUGAAGAUAAAGACAAGGAAGGGGAGGCUUUAGAAGUAAAAGAAAAUUCUGGAUAUUUAAAGGCCAAACAGUAUAUGGAAGAAGAAAACUAUGAUAAAAUCAUAAGUGAAUGCUCAAAAGAAAUAGAUGCUCAAGGAAAAUACAUGGCAGAAGCAUUGCUACUACGAGCUACUUUCUACCUGCUUAUUGGCAAUGCCAACGCAGCCAAACCAGAUUUAGAUAAGGUCAUCAGCUUGCAAGAAGCUAAUGUGAAGCUUCGAGCAAAUGCACUCAUCAAAAGAGGCAGCAUGUACAUGCAACAGCAGCAGCCUUUGUUGUCUACUCAGGAUUUUAACAUGGCUGCAGACAUCGAUCCUCAGAAUGCAGAUGUUUAUCACCACCGAGGACAGCUGAAAAUACUGCUUGAUCAAGUUGAAGAAGCAGUAGCGGAUUUUGAUGAAUGUAUUAGAUUAAGACCUGAGUCUGCUCUGGCGCAAGCUCAGAAAUGUUUUGCUUUGUAUCGCCAGGCAUAUACAGGAAACAAUUCUUCACAAAUCCAAGCAGCUAUGAAAGGUUUUGAAGAGGUCAUAAAGAAAUUUCCAAGGUGUGCUGAAGGCUAUGCACUAUAUGCCCAGGCAUUAACAGAUCAACAGCAGUUUGGCAAAGCUGAUGAAAUGUAUGAUAAAUGUAUUAAUUUGGAACCAGAUAAUGCCACAACAUAUGUUCAUAAAGGUUUACUUCAACUUCAGUGGAAGCAAGAUCUGGAUAAAGGUUUGGAGCUUAUCAGCAAGGCUAUUGAAAUUGACAAUAAAUGUGAUUUUGCAUAUGAAACCAUGGGAACUAUUGAAGUACAAAGAGGAAACAUGGAGAAAGCCAUUGACAUGUUCAACAAAGCUAUUAACCUGGCCAAAUCAGAAAUGGAGAUGGCUCAUCUAUACUCACUUUGUGAUGCUGCCCAUGCCCAGACAGAAGUUGCAAAGAAAUACGGAUUAAAACCACCAACAUUAUAAAAUAUGGGGGAAGGGAAAUGACCCUCUUUUUAGAAGUUUACCCCUCUUCAGCCGAACCCUGAAGACACUGUUGUGAACUGUGUUGAAUGGUGGGACUUCGUGUUUCCAUUUGUGCUGUUGUCCUUUGUUACAGCUGUCUCAUGUUUAGGUGUUGUGGGAGUGGCUGUUGAAGAAAGUUUGCAGUGUGGCAGCUUUUAUUCCCUGUGCAACAAAAGCUUAGAACCUGUUAAAGGGAUAUGAAAAUAAAGUUGCAAAGAGUACAAAUGACAAUUGGCCAUGCAAAUAAAAACUUUGGUUUGUUGAUUUGACUUUUUUUCUGAGGGGGUGGGAGGGUGAAUAUGUGCUGGUUGAUUUUGUCUUUGUGUGCGUGUAUGUGUAUAUAUAUGAAUAUUCUACAGUUUUACAGCAUGUUGGUUUUUUAAUUAACAUAGUACAUGCUGUAAAAUAGGAUUCUUUUAAGAUUUGGUUAAUCCCUUUCAGUUGAGUCCUCUGAAGGAAACAAAGCUUAAGUGGGGAUUUUGUUUUUACGGCAGCAAAAUUGAGACCCUUUAAACCACUGUCCGUCAGCAUGCACAAUGCCUCUGAUUCUGCAGAAUGUUAGACAUGGUGGCAACGCUUAAAUCUUUUGACCCCCUUAACUCUAAUAGAUAAUGUACAUCAUUCUUAAAGUCUACAGUAGCUCUUUUUCCUACAGUAAAUCAUGCAGAAGCAAGAUAUUCUAGUUGAUGUAUGUGCAGAAGACUGAGUAUUCAAGGGAGAGCAGACCAGGCAUGAGGUAAGAUGAAAUGUGUUUAUAAUUGCCCAUGGUUAUUUUCUCCUGUUUAAAGGUACUACUAUUUACUAGUGUACUUUUUAAAGAAGACAAAGAUUGGUUAUAUAUAUAUAUAUAUAUAAAGAUGAAAUGUAAUGAGUAAUUAGCUUAAAAUUUCUAGUGAAGAAACGGGGGCUAACAGUUCAAAAAGGAUGAAAGUCUCAUGUCUAGAAGCAUAUAUUUCCUGAAGUGACAAGUUUACUGCUUCUUAUCUAUGGCUAUGUGUACUUAAGGGAUUGUGAGCCAGUACUUUCAAAGAUGCCGAGGACACGUGGCAUGUAUCUUAGUUUUGAACCGCCUUUGGUCUUUAAGCAUGUCCAGGUCUGUACUGGGGGCACCGAUAGCAGGGUUUUGUUUCUUUCAUCUUAUCUUUACCUCACCUUCCUCCUUAGCAAUCACUUUGUUUUUUCAACAUGUCACUUUGAUAGAUCAUUCUUUUCUUAUAUGCUGGAUUUUUCUGGUGGGAGGUGGGGUGUUCUUAAAGAAUGUCCUCCUUUGAGAUAUUUAUGGUGGUUUUGAGAUAUUCAGGGUGGGAAGAGGUUUACUUAGGUCUGAGUAGAAUAAAAGAGCAAGCUGUCAGUUGUACUUUUCUGGAAAUGUUAUCUAAUUAGAGUUUACAUUGUUGGGAGUAAAUGAGCAUUUUACCCCUCUUUAAAAAGGUGCUUUAUCCUAUUGAAACCAAAAAGAUUUUGUCAAAAAUGCCAUCGUUUUAGAAGCUACUAGAAGUGACUCCUUUCCAAAGUCACAGUCUGAGAAGUAUUGCGAGGCCUCUAAUUGGUGGGGGCAGUGAACAUAAUUUAAGAUGGCCUGGAUAAUGGAAACUGGAGAGCACUGCAUCGUAGCUUUUAAAUGAAGCACCUACUGUAAUAACCCCUGAAUACAGAAAUGUUCUACAUCUCUGAACAACAACCUCUGGCUUAAAACAGUUUUUAUUUGCAUGGCUGUAGUUACAUUAACACUGAUAUUUUUUUCUCUUCCUACCCCUUGGGGUUUGGUAGAAAACACACAAAGGAAACUGAAGCAUGUACCAUUCGAUACUAUCAUUCCAGAUCCUCACGGACUAUUGCCUGUUCUGAAAAAUAUUUGAAACUGCGCUGAAAGCUGCAUCUGUCUGUAUUUUUUCUUUUGUAAAUGACCUCACAUGUAAAUUCACCAAAUAAAUAUUACAUUCAA